GUGCGACCGCGUAUUUCAAUACAAACAACGGAAGUUUGUCAUUUACUGCGAAAAUGUUCGAAAACAAAGAAAUAGAAAAGUUUCCUCAAGCUCUUAAUUUUACUCCCUACGAUAAAUUCGCUUUUAGUGUCGCUGCUGGUGAAACCUGCCCACAGAAUUCAGGUUUUAAUUUAAAAGUUUGUAAAGUGAUUAUUUUGGGCGAUUUGUGUGUCGGGAAAACUUCACUUUUAAAUAGAUUUUGCUAUAAAGUUUUCGACAGUAACUACAGGAGCACAAUUGGGGUUGAUUUUCAAUCUGAACAAAUCAAUAUUCUGGGAAUUCCCUAUUACUUGCAGAUUUGGGAUACAGCAGGACAGGAGCGUUUUAAAUGCAUCGCUCAGUGUUAUUACAGAAAAGCACAUGUAAUUAUGCUGGUUUUCGAUUUAUCUUCCAUAAGAACGUUGGCUAAUUGUAAAAACUGGCUACGAGAUGCAUUAGAAGUGCGUGGCGAAUCAGAUAAUCGUCCUUACAUUUUUCUGGUCGGAGCCAAAAAAGAUCUGCUUUCAAAUGAAUCUUACAACAGUGUAGAAGACUUAGCCCUAAACACCGCAAAAAAAUUAAAUGCCGAAUUUUGGAGCGUUUCAGCUAAGACAGGAGAGAAUAUAGACAGUUUGUUUUUUAGAGCUGCUGCACUAAGUUUUGAUGAUGAUUUAUGUAUGUGUAUGUCGGAAGACAAUGGAAACAUUCAAAUUGGCAGCGACCUAAUAUCAAUUUGUUGUAGCUUUCAGUCAACAUCGUCAAGAAAAGGAGAGAAAUCGAAGAAAAUGCGAUUUUAAAUGCUUUAGAGCUGAACUAAAAUAGGAAGUUAUUAUCUUUUGAUAUUCAUAUGAAGGCGGUUGAGGUCAUUACAGUAUUAAAUAUAGUGGAAAUUUUUAACUUAUGUACGAUAAAUAAAAAGUAAAAUUAUGAUAAAUUUAUUAUUAUAUAACUGCGGUUUUGAAUGUUAUUCCAGAUGAAGUGCUUUUUAUCAGUGUCCUCUUCCAAUAUAAUAAAUAAUGUCUUUAAUUAUCUGAAAUCACAAGAAAAAUGUUCAUUACUUGACCCCUAUAUUUAAGGUUAAAAAAUUAGAUACAUUGUUAAGCCACUGAUAAAAAAAUAUGUUAUAUGAUAUUCCAAUUCAAAUAAAGCAGUUGAAUUUAAAAAAAAAUUAGAGUGUAUUGUUGGUCGUCUGGCUUACGAACCCUACUUAAUAUGAGGUUAAAAACCAUCUAACGAAUUUACAAUAGGUACACAU